GGAUUGUCGGGAGGCCCUUGGUAGGAGCGACCUCGUAAAGCAGAUGGAUGAAUUGUGAUCAGAGAUGGAGAAUUUGAAGAAGCGUAAUGAGGAAACUGAAGAGGUGGUGCAACUUUGGCGUAAUGAUGCACUGCGUCUGGGAAACAAAAGAGGAAGUAUCAACGUGAGGACUACGGAAGGACGGACUUCUACUCGAUCACGGCUGAUGGGGACACCGGAGGAAACAAGGAGGCUACGGGCAGAAUUACUGGAUAUACACGAGCGACGAAAGUGCGACCUGACAGAAUUGGAUCUGCUGAAGCAGAAGAAGACUGAUGCAGAGGUCAAAUGUGUGGAGGCAGAAUUGGAGCUUGCACGACUGAGGGAGCAGAUGGGCAAGCUAUCCACCGAACAAGCAGGCUGCAGUACUCCGAGGGAGGCAGACACCCAUCUGAAGGAGAAAAUGGAUGAAGCUGCCAGGAGCGGUUUCCGCUCGGAGAGAAAGGGGAGGGUGAAAAUGACAUAUGGCCGUGUGCCACGACCCAAUGGCAUUGCGAAGAAGGAGAACGACAAGUUUCUCCUACUUCAGGACGAGAGGAAACGGCUAAAGGGACUGAAGAAAUCUGGCCUGGAGGAGCUAUGCCGUGAGGAAGGAUUGCAGUAUCGAACUACCGAUGCUACAUCCGAGGAACUGGCACAAUUAUACAUGACACGGAUGUUUGGAGAUGAGGGCGCUCGACAGCAAGAGACUGGUAGCGAGCGAAGCCGCGGUAAGGAGGCGGCUAUUGACGCCAGCACUACGGUUGUGGAGGAGGUUCCCCCUGACUCAGCUUGAUGGGACCUCCGAAACGCGGCUCUCUAGGGUUUGGCUAGAUCUUGUCGAGACUCUUGGUCAUCUUCCACUUCUCUAUUACGUGCGGCUACCAGGAA